GGGAGGGAGGUUGACCGGACGCCGGGAAAUCUCCUCAUGCAGACACGACAGCAGCUGGUGGUUGUUUGGGGAACUUCCAGCAGGAACAUUUGCUGCUUCCUGAUCGGCUCCACAGAAAAUGAUCAACUUUGUUGUUUUGGGGAUUUGUCUUUGCUUAACCUUCAUGGUUUGAGGCCUCAAACACGGAAAAACCGUGCAAACCUAGAAAUCCGAUCAUUUAUUUUCUCCUGGAGACGUUUUUUCAUGUGGAAAAACGACUCGCCGGUCGUGGUUCUAGCGGAUCCGUCCGAUGGUUGCUGGUUUCAAACGUUGGUCACGUUUCUAAAAAGAAUCAGGAAAACAUCAAAGUGUUUCCAGUUCCAACCUGAGAGGCGGCUCGGUUCUUGAACGCCUCUCGGGUCUGUUUGGAUGUGAAAGUUUGGUGUCAAUCAGCAGCAAACAACCUGUUGGGCCGUGGAUGCAGACGCCCUGCUGCUCCACUGACCUCAUUGCUCACGGUUGCCAUGGUGACGCUUAGAAUCCAUUUCAUGUAGAUUUGGUUGUUGAUGUUUGUGUUUUGGUGGAUCAGCUUCAAACAAAAAUCCUGUUUUGACUCCAGGUUUUCCUCAUGAAGAACCUCAGAAUGCUGUUUUUUUAGAAAAGUUCUUGAUGAAGAACGUGGUUGAGGGUUCAAAGCCUGAGACUUCAUUUUUACCUGGAUGUUCUCCAGAGGACUUUGACCACUAGAACCGCAGUUCUCUGAUCCCUUCUGGACCAGAACUUGUUCUCUGUCUGAAAAAAAGGUGGAGCGUCUGUGGGAGGAGCUUCAGAAACCCCUCGUCCUCUGGGGGCUCGAGUCACGUUCAAACCUCCGGGCACCAAAGUUUAGCUCAGAUGAGGCGUUCACUGACAGUCGGAGAGAUAAAACUCGCCGUCAUCUGACGCCCAGAAGAAACACGAGUCUGUUUUCAGAAGGAACACAAACGACCAAAAUGACGGAAGUCUGUCGGCCGCCUUUCUGUAGUAAACAACCAAACCCUGACCUCUGACCUCUGACCCUUGACCCUAACCGAAAAAUAAACAUGUUCUGCUUACAGCAGCAAAGAGGCUUUCAGGAACCCAAACAUCCAACCUUUCAUGCAGUCCAACCAAAGGUUCAGGCUUUCGGGUUCCUUCAGAGAUGGAGGAGCAGACGAGAAGAAAACUUUGAAGACAGACGUUGAAGAACGGCAGAGGUUUUUUUUUCCAGAUCCUGGAGGUCAACGCCUUCAUGCCGUAUGUCGUCAAACUUCAGCGUAAUCCAGGACUCAACGGAAAAACCAUGAAGGAAUGUUUGUGAAGUCCGGCAUGAAGGGGUUAAAGUGUGACAAACGGUGGGAAACGUCUUCAGUCCACCUGCUGAACACACAUUCCCUCCACGUCACCAUGGCAACAGAGCUUCCUGAAUGCAGCAGGAGCUCCGGUUAUCCACAAAUGUCCUGUAACCAUCAAAGCUUCAUGUUUGAAGCUCAAACCUUUAUUUAAAAAAAGCUUUUACAACAUUGAAGUCUUCAAGUGGUAGGCUCUUAUUUUGAAGUCGAUUUAACAUUGCAUGAGCGCUCUUAGUUUGAAAACCAUCAUGAAAGCUCCACCCUCAUCUACACUUCAUUUUCCAACUAUUUUGUGAUCUAGAGAAUAAACAGUAAAAAACGAGGCUGACCUGUUUGUACGUUAUGUCAGUUUUCUUUUGCCUCUUUUUUGGGUUUUUUGUCUUUACGUUGUCUCUGUCGCCCCCUGCUGGUAAGACCUGGGACAGUUUAAGAUAUUUAUUGGAAACUAUUGUUUUAUUUAGAAUUGAAAACCAGUUUUCUUGGAUUUUGUUAUUUGAGUGGCAGGAAAAAAGGGAAAAAAUGCCUGACGAACGUUUUCUGGAUGUUUUGGGCACUUUUCACCGUUUAAUUUAGACAUUUGUUCAACUGUUGACAGAAAAUUUAAAAAACGAAAAAGUUUUUUCUGUUCUGCUCAACUUCAUGAAGUAUUUCCAGUGAGCGAGUCCAAAAAACCCGUCCGUCCAGCUGAUCUGGACGCCGUCACUGUUAACAAGAUCGAGUUAGCAGCUCCAGGUGAUGCUGCACACAUGCAGCAAGGCAUGAUGGGUAAGCAGAAACACAGCAACAGCAAUCAGGGAGAUUCCUCCGUGGUGGCUUCGCCUGUGGCUGCUCCAUCAUACUGUUUUCAUGAGCCGGCCCUGAUGCAUGCUGGGUAAUCAUUAGCUCUCAGCGAGAGGCAGGAAGUGCGUGUGACGGAUUCUGCAGCUGCAGACAGUCGGCCAGGAUGCGUGAAUACAAGCUGGUUGUUUUAGGAUCGGGAGGCGUCGGGAAGUCAGCGCUGACGGUCCAGUUUGUUCAGGGAAUCUUUGUGGAGAAGUACGACCCGACGAUAGAGGACUCCUACAGGAAGCAAGUGGAGAUCGAUGGGCAGCAGUGCAUGCUGGAGAUCCUGGACACGGCAGGAACAGAGCAGUUCACGGCCAUGAGAGACCUGUACAUGAAGAACGGCCAGGGCUUUGCUCUGGUUUACUCCAUCACCGCUCAGUCCACCUUCAACGACCUCCAGGAUCUCCGGGAGCAAAUCCUCCGAGUGAAGGACACGGAGGACGUUCCCAUGAUCCUCGUGGGAAACAAAUGCGACCUGGAGGUGGAGCGCGUCGUGGCGAAAGAGUCAGGGAUCGGCCUCGCCCGCCAGUGGAACUCUUGUGCCUUUCUCGAGACUUCGGCCAAGAGCAAGAUCAACGUCAACGAGAUCUUCUACGAUCUCGUCCGGCAGAUUAACAAAAAGAGUCCGGUUCCGGGAAAAACCCGUAAAAAGCCCACCUGUCAUCUCCUCUAAUGACAGUGUUCCUUUCAUUCAAACAACAAACCAACCAAUCACAGGAUAUCUUCCAGCUAGCCACGCCCCUUUAACAGGAUCGUGUCAUCAUCAGCAUCUGCCACUCCUUCCUCAGCGCCCGUCCCGCCGACUCACCCCUCCGCUGCCUUGGACAAACCAUCAAGGGACGGUGGUGGCAAUGAUGAUGAUGAUGAUGAUGAUCAACAUUCCGGAUCGUGGCCCAGAUUUAAACUGCAUUUCCCAUGAUGCUCUCCUGAGCCGGAGAGAAACCUCUUUCUUUUUUUACUUUAAAUGUUUUUUUCUGCAGCAGCCUCACACAGCUGCAGCGUCGGCCAUGUGAGCACCGCGGUUACCAUGGUAACAUGGCGGACUGCACCUCUGUGGUCCCACCUGUGGAUUCUUAACAGUGAUUAUGAUUACAGUGGAUGUUAUUCUAACUCUGUGUGAAUUGAUUCCAAGUCGGUGAAUGUUUCUGCUUUUAUUUGCCCCGGUCCGGGUGGGAUGGGGGCGCCGGGGGGGCAGCAGGUUGGGAUGUUAGCUCAUCAGCUGCUAGCUCGGAGCUCACAGCUGGUAAUCCGACUGCAUCUAAAUGUAAAGGCUCCCAGAAGUACUUAUAUCCCGUUUUGCAGGUCGGUUUUUUUAAAUCUCUCUGUUUUUUGUUUGUAUUAUAAUCAGAAUCAUAUUAAGCAGAUUAAUAUUUGGGAAGAAAAGGGAAAAUGUCUGCUAGAAUCCCCUUGAAAGCCGUUUGCAGGUUUAGAGGAAUCUGUUUAAAAUCCAUCAGAAACACUAAUGUUAGCCUAGCCUAGCGUUAGCGUUAGCUUCCUAAAAAGGGAACCGACUGGGCUUAGCGCAGACGUUAAAGCGGGUUAGUCUGUGACGCAUGAAGACCACUUGGUUUGACCUCCUCGGGGUCGUACGCCGUUCUCCAGCUGUGAGCUAGCGCCCCCUGGCUGCUCGGUGAGCUCCGUCUGAACCUGCUGCCGAAGAGGCGCCUUGGUCUAGCGGGCCGCCCUGGUCCUUUACCUCCACGCUGCAUGUGUCUGUGAGUGUUUGGGUGUAAUGAGCUGUGAAGCAACAGUGAACCAGCGAGGCUUCAUUCACGAGGAGGAGGCGUGGCUUCUGAUUCCUUAACUAGAACCUGCGGUGGGUUAAGGACCACUGGUCAGGGGGACGUGAAAGUCAGUGUUUAACAGUAGCAAGAUUGGUUGAGAUCAACCAAAAUGGGGUGGGUUGGGCUUAAUAGUGGGGGCGUGGCCUGUAAUGUUUGAUAGACAAACCAAGAACCCGGGCAUCCGGCCUGCGUGUGCUGCAGAGCCACUGCAGGCCUGUUCUCCCGGUUCUGGUUCAGUCGCGUCAUGUAGCAGGUUCUGUCAGAACCCGGCCUCUUGGAGGCGCUGUGACGUUUGCAUGCUAAGCUGCAGUGAAGGGGCGGCGGUCCAAACAGAACCGGACUCGGCUGCUGCUUUUCUUUGUUUUGUGUCAAACUUUGAGUUCUGUCCUCCUGCCACCAGGGGGCAGCGGCCACUAGGGGGCAGCUGCCACCAGGGGGCCGCAGCCACCGCCAGCUUUAUGAAGAGGCUUCAUGUUCCUCACUUUCAUUAUGAACAUAGUCAGCAUUUAUUUACAGAAGCAUGGGGGGGGGGGGGACAGAUAAGUGAGGCCGGACAUCAGACGGGAGGGUGUGGCCUGACGGAUGCUCCGCCUCUCUCCUCUGCUUCUCCUUUAGUCAUUGCCAUUUCUUGAAGUGCUUCUUCACGUCCGUGCCGAGGCAUGUCCAGUCUUCGUGGGGGGGUUGACGUAGUGCCUGUUGGUCGUGGUUGCUUUGGGGCCUCUGGGGCCUCCUGCGCCGGGCUGCAGCUGCAUUCCUGUCGGUGUGAGUUCUGACCCGCUCCUUCCAUCUGCAGUCAGUCUGAGAAGAACUUUUUCAAAAAUCCUGAGGCCUUAGAUGAAGCAGUUUCUGACGACUUGGUUGAUGUCUGCGUUUUGGGGGGGGGGAAACGGCCUUGUGGGAGGUGUUCAGACCCCCGUCUGUGGGCAUGUUGUCUGUGUGCAAUAAAGACCCGGUAAAAAUGUCCGCUCAUGCACCUGCAGUGACGCGUUCCGACCCGGUUUGUGGCAUGUUUCCAUGGAAACUGCUUCCCUUCUGGGAGCAGAGCCCCCAGCAGGUUCUGAACGGGUUAUGAGUGCAGCUGCAGCCCAAACUAUCCUCCACCCCUGAACGCAGUCAGAUGUCAGCCGGUGACGCACCGGGUCACCAGAACCACCGCCGGAAUCUGCUUUCCUUGCUUUGCAGAGGGCCACAGCAGCGGGGGAUGGGGGGGGGGGGGGGGGGGG